GAGAAAGAAAGGGGCACAGAUCUUGCAAAGAAGUAAGGUAUACCAUCUGAAAAUGAAAAUUAUAAUUCUUCUUGGACUCAUAGGAGCCUCAUCAUCAGCCCCGCUUAUCUCGCAGCGUCUAUUGUCUGCUAGCAACAGUCAUGAGCUACUCCUGAAUCUUAAUAAUGGUCAACUUUUGCCACUGCAGUUCCAGGGUGCCUUCAACUCCUGGAUUCCUCCCUUCCCUGGGUUUCUGCAGCAGCAGCAGGCUCAGGUCUCAGGACGCCCACAGUUUACUCUCUCAACACUAGAGAGCUUUGCUGGACUAUUCCCAAAUCAGAUACCUUUAUCAAGACAGGUUGGACUUGCCCAAGGAGGCCAGGCUGGCCAGCCAGACCUCUCUCAGCAGCAGACACCACCUCAGACCCAGCAGAGUGCUAGCCCUAUGUCCUAUGUGGUACCUGUCAAAGUACCUCAAGAUCAAACACAGAUGUUUCAGUACUAUCCAGUUUACAUGCUUCUGCCCUGGGAGCAGCCUCAGACCGUCACAUCCUCACCACAGCACACAGGGCAGCAGCUAUUUGAGGAACAGAUACCUUUCUAUAAUCAAUUUGGAUUCGCACCACCACAAGCAGAACCUGGGGUACCAGGAGGGCAGCAGCACUUAGCUUUUGACAGCUUUGUAGGCACAGCUCCAGAAACUCCUGGAAUGCCAGUAGAAGGAAGCCUGCUUUAUCCACAAAAAGAACCAAUCAGCUUUAAGCAUGAUAAUGCAGGAGUUUUCAUGCCUACAACUUCACCAAAGCCCAGCACCGACAAUUUUUUCACUUCUGGGAUAGAUCCAACUAUUGCUCCAGAACAGAAGGUCAAGACUGAUAGUCUAAGAGAACCAUAAGAGAUUACUUAAAUCACUUGGAAGUUUUGGGAGAUGUGAUGGUACCUUGGCUGUCUUUUAAAGAUGAUUUUCUACUUACAUGCUAAUAGAAAUUUGUUUAAUGAUGUAAAGCCUCUGUUUGUCUAAUAAUUAUAAAGGGUCUUCACUGAUCUCAUUUCUUUACUUAUAAAAGAUACUAUUCAUGUCACAAAAAAUAAUGUAUCAUGGAAUAAGUUCUAUCUUUAUAAUGCUAUCUUUUUUCCCAAAUAUUCUAGGAUUAUAUAACCUGGAAAAUGGCAAGCACUAGAAAUAAAGCACAUUUAACCAAAAAGCUACACCUUCUUAAAACAUUGCAUAAUAUAGUGAAACUUGAUUGCAAUGAUAAUCUUCCAAACAUUCAUGUGACACCCAAGUGCACUCAUGUGUGCGCGCACACACACAAUAAAGCUUAUGAUAACAGAUUAAUUUGAUAACUGUGUUAAUAAAGAAUGCCUCUAAACUUAUGUCAUUCAAGAGAAUAAAUAUGUACUAAUUAAUAGAUUUGUGAUGAGUGCACUGAUUGGUGUUGACAUUAAACUAUGUGUCUAUUUUUCUCAUGUCAAUAUCUGAUUAUUUUUCCCAUGAACAAGGUUCAUUCUUUCAGCUUGUUUGUGACUCAUUCUCCAUGAAUAUCAAAUUUGUUUUUGUUUUGCUCUGUUUUGCCUUUUUUUAAGGCAGGAUCUCAUACUAUAGCCUUGACUAUCCUUGAACUACUUAGUAGGUAGGCCAGGCUGGCCUGGUAUUCAUAGAAAUCUACCAGUUCCUGACUCUGAAUGUGCUUAAACUGUAUACCACCACACCUGGUCCUCCAAAAUGGUUUUGAAACAGAUAUUGACUGUGUGUGCCCUUAGUACACCACAACUACAUAGAAAGAUGGGUGCUGAAUUCAAAUGGACAAAAGGAAGAUGCGUGUUUGUUUAGGGUGACAGUGACCUACAGAAACUGGGACAGAUUUUGCAGACAUAGGUUUUGGAUUUCAUCUCUCUUUGGUUUGAAUAUUCAAGGUGUCACUUAAACAUUAGUUUCUCUUCUCAGUUGUAAAUAGGAGAGAGUGAGACAUGAAUCUCAGAAUUUCUGAAAGCCCUUCUUUAAAAAAAAAAAAAACAACACAGAAGUACACAAGACUUACUUU